GGAUAUUACUGCUGAUUCAUCAUGUGGAUCCAUCUUCUGGUUGUAUUGGGUUUGAUCCUCUUGUACAGAUGGUACCGACAAAGUUUAAUCUUGGACAAUCUUAUAGAUAAAUAUGUCUUCAUUACUGGAUGUGACACAGGAUUUGGGAAUAUUCUGGCAAAGAACCUGGACAGACGAGGAAUAAGGGUUCUGGCUGCUUGUCUGACAGAUAAAGGGGCUGAAAACCUGAAGGAAGAGACCUCCAGUAGACUGCAGACAGUCAUUUUAGAUGUCACUGACAGCGAGAGUGUUAGCAGUGCAGCUAAAUGGGUGUCAUCUAUUGUUGGAGAGCAAGGGCUCUGGGGCCUAGUAAACAACGCAGGAGUCAGUGUACCAGGUAGCACCACUGAAUGGAUGACUAAAGCUGAUUUUGCCAAAGUCCUUGAUAUUAACCUACUGGGGUUGGUUGAUGUGACGCUCAAUCUCUUACCAUUUAUCCGGAGAGCCCAAGGGCGUGUGGUUAACAUAGCCAGUGUUGCUGGAAGGUUCACUGCAUGUCCUGGAGGCUACUGCAUGUCUAAGUAUGGAGUAGAAUCCUUCUCAGACAGUCUUAGGCGUGAGAUGAAACCGUUUGGAGUGAAAGUGUGCAUCAUUGAACCGGGAUUUUUUAACACCCGAAUAACAAAUGCAGAAGUUCUAAAAGCAGAUGUAAAAAGGACUUGGGAGAGCGCUACAGAAGAAGUCCGAAAAUGUUAUGGAGAGCAAUAUUAUUUAACCAGCCUAAAGAUUCUUGAAGCAAUGAAACCAAUAUGCAACACGAAACUGCAUCUGGUCCCAGAAGCAAUAGAGCACGCUCUGUCUGCAGUUCAUCCGUGGACACGAUAUUCUGUAGGCUGGGAUGCUAAGCUCAUUUUCCUGCCUCUGUCCUAUUUCCCCACAUUUAUCCUGGACUUUCUCUUAACCAUUUCACAGCCUAAACCAGCCCAGGCAAAGUGAUUGUGUAUUUUGAUUGUCCUGUUUGGCAAAACGUGCUAAAAUAUGAACUGAAU